GCGCCCCCUGUUGCCAUGGUAACGGCCAGGCCUUCCGGCGGCGCCCGGAAGUGGCGGGCGCGCGGGGCAGCAAUGGCGGCGCCCUCAGCCCCGCCGGCCGCCGCCGCCCUCACGGUGCUGCUCUCGCUCGGUGCCUCCGCGCGCGGGCUGCUGCGGGCUGUCCCCGCCGCCCGCUCCGCCGCCGCGCUGCGCCCCGCUGCCCUGCACGACGGGGAAGUUCACAGGUUGAUCACCUACAUCUUCAUCUACGAGGACCUGAUCUCCCUGGCCUGUGGUACUGUUAUCAUCUGGUACUUUGCUGGCAGCUUUGAGAGGAACGUGGGCACGGUGAAGCACUGCAUCCUCACUGCCACUUUCUCCGUGCUCUCUGCCCUCCUCUACCUGUCCCUCCAGCCCCUUGUCUCCCGGCUGCUGGAAGUGGGAGAUGCCAAGGGCUUCAUGCCAGUGGCUUUUGCCAUGCUGGGGGUUUCCACCACCCGCUCACGCAUGAAGAGGACUUUGCUUUUUGGCUGCAGAGUUCCUGUGGUGCUGGUGCCGUGGCUUGGGCUCUGCCCAGCGUGGUUUGUGCCUCACUCUUCUCUCUUGGGGAACCUGUGUGGGCUCCUGGUUGGGGAAGCCUAUGGGCUUGGCUACUGCUUCUGCUUGGAUUUUCCAGAGUCCGUGGGCUCUAAGCUGGACCGGGUGUUCCCUUUCACUCUGCUGAAGAGGAUCCCAGGGCUGAAAUACAUCCCAGGGUCCUCAGCAGAGAGAAGAGCCUCUGAAAACAGCACGAUUGACGCUGUGCCUGGCACUUACCCCACCCAGAGCUACCAAUGCACUUCGCCUCUGGCUCUUCCUGCUCAGCGCAGUGCUCAGAGCCAGGGCUUUCAUCACAGCCACGCUCCAGGACACCAGGGACAUCAGCAGGGCCACGCUGCAGGACACAGCCUCAGUUCUUCCCACUGCCAAGCCAGAGGUGCCUUUGGAGAGUGCCCUGGGCAGGCCCAGGCCGGGGCCUCGGCGGGACAGUGCUGCCAGCUGGGCGAGUUCUCUGUCCCACAGCGCGUGUGCCCGGCUCAGCCACAGCCACCCACAGCCACGGGCCUUCUGGCUGGGGCUCAGCAAGCACCUGGGGAUCCAGCAGCCCCAGUGGCCCCUGUUUCAGCUGGUUUUACCAGAGUCCAGGUGUAUUGAUCCUCCAGAGAGCAGCAGGACUCGCACACGGGCAGGACCCCUGUGGCUGGGGUGAGUGUUGGUAGCUCCAGUGAAGGCUAUUCCCCUGCUACCUGGCACAGUCUACUUGAAUUAUAUUUCCCUUAUAAUAUUUUUUUUUUUUUUUUUUUUUUUUACUUUUUGAUGUGGCUGGAGGAUGGGAACUCUAUCACCUCUGUGAAAUUCUCAUCCUUUUUAAGUCUUUCUUCUUUGCUGCAUUUGGCAGCUUCCUUUUUCCACAAGUCCACUGGAGUUUCAGUGCACCAGCUCCCCAGGCCAGGGUGGGAACCUCAGUGGGAAAACACUGAGCAAAUCUGGGGUUUAGUAAGCUGCAGCAAUAAGCACUUCCCAUUCCUGUCUUUUUUUACAGGUUUGAAGUAGCUAGAACCCAAAAGAAUGGGAAUCAUACAAGUGUUAGUUUGUAACUUAAAAUUAAAUGGAGGAGGACAAUGUUUUACUGGUGACAUGUCCACUUGAGAGAGUGCCUUGCAAGGGGCUUGUUACACCAACCUGGGGCAAGAGGAUAGAAUACAGAGUACCUUCUUCUACCCCUAAACACAGCUCUAAAAUGCUGAAGGACCUGUGCCUUCAUCAAUGGAUUGCCUUCAUUUUCUGAAAGUGUUGCACCAGCUCAGCCUGUGUCACCAGCACUUGGCAACCUCAAAUGCCUGUGAAGCAGUGAGAGACUUUUCAGUAAGGGAUUUUGACCCUUUGUGGAGCAAAUAUUUAUAAAUCCAAGGAGCUGGAAGGGACAUUAACAAUGGGUUAGAAGAAUUAAGUGGAAUGUAGCAGUGCUGUUGGGGGUGUUCACACUGCUCAGCUUUAGAAAUCUCACCCACCAAUAUUAGAACAAUCUCUCUGUUUUUUUCAGAGCUGGUGGGCAGGUGUGUGGGAGAGGGAAGUUUUCAGCCAGGGAUUUACAAUAGGAUUCACUGUUUGGUGCCUGAGGCUGUCAUGAAGGAGUUUGGUCCAGUUGCUGGGAUUUGAGCUUUAUUCCCAGCUGUGUAGCCCACUGUACAGUGCCCAGGAGGAAUCUGCUGUCUCUGUGUCUCUAAAUCAGCCAGGAUCUCAACAAUUGCUCUUGACUCUACUUGGAGUUUUGCUGUGCUGCAUAAAAAAGUGCUCCAUCAAGCACAAAGUGCCAUUCCUGCUCUUGGAGAUGUUCUUGCAGUGCCUCACCCAUCCCCAGAAACUCAACAGCCUCAAGACUCCUCCCUGCUCUCGGUGAGCCUGGCCAGAGGCAGCUCUGGCAGCUGCACGUUCCAAACCUGUCCCUGCCUCUUUCAUUUUUCCACCAUCAGGGUGUGAGCAAACCCUGUGUUGUCAUCCAGCUGCUUUACUUCUCCACAGCCCCUCUGGAAUGACUGCCACGGUCCCAUGUGGGACACGGGGGCUUUCUUUUGGAGGAGACCAAAGUCAAUGCUGAGAACUUGCACCUCACAGAAGUAAAACAUGAGUAAGAAGCUCUUCUUGGGAAGGUGAGCACCCCAGGCAGGGCUUCCAGCAGGAGGAUGCAGCAGCUUGGGAACUAACUUGGAGUUGGGGGACAACUGUUUCAUACCUGAUUAUUUCUCUCCUCUGUGGGAUCACAAAUGGAUUUGAUGUCAUGGUCCUGUUUUUCCUGCUGCCAGCAAUUGUAUUGUUAUACUUCUACUGUGGAGCAAGAGUGGGAUAAGGAGCUUGUUUGGAAUUUAAAAGCAUGUUUUUCAUACCAGGAAAGUAAUGCCAGAGAGAACAUUGAAAUGUUGACACUCCGCUCCUGUUAGUGCCUUGAUUUUCCUCCUUGUGUAGUCCUUGCCUGUAAACUUAGGAAUUUUACCACUGAUUUUUUUCCAGAAGGGGGAUGAGGAUCAACAGCAAUCACAAAUGUUGUGUAUCUCCAAACUGUGAACUUGAAAUAGAAUCUGAAGGACUGGU